GGAGGCGGGGUCGGUAUUGUCAUCUCCCUGCGCCUUCCCGCGGCGCGCCGAGCCGCUGGCGCCGUCUGCGUGACGUCACAGGCACUGAUAGCGUGAGCCCGCGGCGGCUGCUGCAAUGGUUGCUGGCUGCCAGGUACAGCAUGUCUAGACUCCGGGCCCUGGGCGGUGUCCGUGCCGGGCUGGGACUGUUGCUGGGUACCGCCGCCGGCCUUGGAUUCCUCUGCGUCCUUUACAGCAAGCGAUGGAAACGGACCCGGCGCCAUGGCCGCAACCAAAGCCUGCCCAACUCCCUGGACUAUACGCAGACUUUAGAGCCCGGACGCCAGGUGAUGCUGCUGCGGGCUGUCGCUGGUGGGGCUGGAGAUGCCGCAGUGCUGCCCAGCCUUCCACGGGAAGGUCAGGAGAAGGUGCUGGACCGCCUGGACUUUGUGCUGACCAGCCUUGUGGCGCUGCGGCAGGAGGUGGAGGAGUUGAGGAGCAGCCUGCGAGGGCUUGCAGGGGAGAUCGUUGGGGAGGUCCGAUCCCACAUAGAAGAGAACCAGAGAGUGGCUCGGCGGCGAAGGUUUCCUUUUGUCCGGGAGAGGAGUGACUCCACUGGCUCCAGUUCUGUCUAUUUCACAGCCUCCUCGGGAGCUACGUUUACAGAUGCCGAGAGCGAAGGGGGUUACACAACAGCCAAUGCGGAGUCUGACAAUGAGCGGGACUCUGACAAAGAGAGUGAGGAUGGGGAAGAUGAAGCAAGCUGUGAGACUGUGAAGAUGGGGAGAAAGGAUUCUCUGGACCUGGAGGUGGAGGCAUCUUCAGGUCUGGUGCCCAGUGCCCUAGAGAAUGGAGCUUCCUCAGGCUUGGAGGAUGUGCUGCCCCUUCUGCAGCAGGCGGAUGAGAUGCACCACGGUGAUGAGCAUGGCAAGCGGGAGGGCUUCCAGCUGCUGCUCAACAACAAGCUGGCGUAUGGAAGCCGGCAGGACUUUCUCUGGCGCCUGGCCCGGGCCUACAGUGACAUGUGUGAGCUCACUGAGGAGGUGAGCGAGAAGAAGUCAUAUGCCUUAGAUGGAAAAGAAGAAGCAGAGGCUGCGCUAGAGAAAGGGGAGGAGAGCGCUGACUGCCACCUGUGGUAAUAACACCCUGCAGUGUUUUGGGAAGAGCCAGCAAGGGCUAUGGCAGAGCAAAGCCCUCUUUUCUGUGCCUGGGCCACAGAGGCAUUUUCCAAAGGAUCCAGGAGAGGGAGCUCUGGCUUGUAUUUCCACAUACCUCAGUCUACCCCUAGUCAGAGACAACAGAAGUUUCUGGUGAGGGAGGUGACUUGGGAAUGAGGCAAGGUGGGGGAGUGCAAGCUUUUUUCUGAUGGAACUUGGAUAAAUGAAUAGCUUUGUAAGAGUCAUCCUAGCUACAAAACUGAAGUUCCUGGCUCUCGGGAGGCUGGGACAACCUGCAGCUGCCCUAUCCCGCACAAGCUCUUCUUGCCCGUCUGUGAUCCCUGGCUGGUGGUACUUUGGCUUCUUUGCUUGGUUUGCAUGAAGAAAAGUAGAUGUGAGCUCACCUCUUGGGAGUUCAUUGGUCAACUUAUUAGGUUAAAAAAACAUCAGCCCUUUUUGUGGUCUCGUGUGAUGGAAAGUUUGGUCAUCUUACCCGGGUCAGAGCAAACUCAGGUCCUGGGGUCUGGUUCCAGCACCUGAGUUUCAGUGAAAAUGUUCCUUUCCCACCGCCAUCCUUGCUUUCUAUAUCUCCACCCUCAGAUUGUGAGCUAAGUGAGAGGCUGUCUUUCUCCAUCUGUUGCUGAAACUUUUGUCUCUGCAGGGGUUCUUCUCAGAGGCCAGGUAACUGUUUCUUGGGUGUCAUUGCUUCCCUGGGCUUCUAAGGAUGAAAGUUGGCCCCACACUUUCUUAGCUAUUCCUGAGGAACAGCUGUUGGGAUUAAACAUGGAAAUGAGCCUCUAGAAGUGUCUGAUAUCGCACAGAUACUUAGCAUAUACGUGAAAAAGCAACUUGGGCUGGUUUACUCAUCUAAUGUCAACUGUGCUGCUAGGAACAAUGCUGGGGGGAUAGGGGAGGAAGAGUUUGUUUCUGAGGAUAGAAGAUGGGAAGCUGGCUAGUUGGCUCUCCUUGGGAGGGGGGGAUGUGGGGGAAAGGGCAAACAUAGGUCUUUCUUCCUCUGGUUGUUGGUCCCCAAGUUAACAUUAGAAAUUUCUAGAACAUCCCCUUCCAAUGUGACUAUCCUAAGAAAUUCCUUCCCAAGUCCCAGUGCUACAU